CGCCGCAGCAGUGCUGGAAUAAACUGGCAGGCGGGUUGCGGUAUCAGUCCGGGAGUCAGUGAGCCGCGGCACUGUGUGGAAACGGACACGGUGUUGCAGUUUGCUCAUCUCGAAUAGGAAACACAUCGGUGGGGAAACAGGCGAAGUUAUCCUUCCCAAACCGCAGAUUAAGCCAUUAAGGUUCUUGCAGUCUCCAGGGGGUGAAAGAAGCUUUGGUAAAGCAAUAGUGACUUCUGGUUUUCUCGAUCUUCCUCUCCACGAUUGUCAAGAUGGGGAACGGCUUAUCGGAGCCCCACACCAUCUUCCCUGGACUGCCGUCGUUCCAGGCCCUGCAUAUCGUUAUUCUUGGGCUAGACUGCGCCGGCAAGACGACGGUAUUAUACAGGCUGCGGUUCAACGAGUUUGUGAACACAGUCCCGACCAAAGGCUUUAACACGGAAAAGAUCAAAUUGGCGCUGGGUACAAAAAGUCGGACAGCGGCAUUCCACUUUUGGGAUGUAGGUGGUCAGGAGAAACUGCGUCCACUGUGGCGCUCGUACACGCGCUGUGCUGAUGGCCUCGUGUUUGUGGUGGACUCUGUGGACACUGAGCGCAUGGAGGAGGCCAAAACAGAGCUGCACAAAAUCACAAGGCUACAGGAGAACCAGGGCGUUCCUGUACUUGUGCUGGCCAACAAGCAGGACCUGCGGAACGCUCUACCACUGGGUGAGCUGGAGCGGCUGUUGGCGCUCAAUGAACUCGGUUACACGCCCUGGCAUCUCCAGCCGGCUUGUGCCAUCAUCGGAGAAGGCCUACAGGAGGGUCUGGAGCGUCUGCAUGGCAUGAUUAGUAAGCGCAAGAAGAUGAUGAGACAGCAAAAGAAGAAGAGAUGAGUGAUAGGGUUUAGUCAAGUUCACUCAUCUUGCGAUUAUAUGCCUCCCGUCACUGUGCACUGGUGGAUUCAUUGAUUUUACCGGUUGAGUUUUAUCAGCCUGAUUGGUGGAGCUGGAUACAGUUUGAGGACUGCUUAACAACUGUACACUAUUGAUUUAUCUCCCCGGUCAUGGAAGGGUGCUCGGAGUUGACUGAAUGACAUCACAGGACCUUUAAUACUACUUCAUUGGACAUGUUGUUCAUGGGUUUGUUACGAAGGUAAACACUGAAGAAAAAAAGUGGUAAAUACUCUGUGAUACACAGAUGAACUAAUGAAGCGAAAAAGAUUACCAAAGCCCCUGCGGAGUGUUCAGAAAUAACUAGCGCACACAUAGUGGUGAUCUUUCACUCCUGUCCAUGUGAUAAACACAAGCCUUUUUAUUGGACCAUUGUUGCACAACAAAGGUGGGGUUGUAUGGAGAACCAGGAUAAGCUUUAUGCGUCACUACUUUGGGAAACACAAAUGUUUGAGUACACCGUCAGAACCGAGUGCUUCACCAGCCAAAACACGUGCAGUCCUGUAAUAUCAGGUGUCUUAUUAAAAGGUUCAGCAUUGAUAGCAGUGCUUUUCCCAGGGUUCCUUUCUGUCUUUACAAUCAAAGUGGAAUGAUGGUGUUAUUAGUAGUACUAUACGCCACGUGUGCUUCCCUCUACAUUUAAAUGCACUUUAGCAAACCCCUUUUUGUCUUUUGUAGACUAUGAACAUCAGAUUUUGUAUAAAACCUAUGACAUUGCUUCAAAUGGAGCGUUUUAUAAGUCCUACGUUGUUUCAUGUUCAGGUGUGUCAUUUUUUCCCUCAGUAUUUGUGUGAUGGAGGGCUUUCUGUGUCAAAAGUUAUACGCCUUGAAUAAAACAACAGAUUCAAUCAA